AUGGAUCCAGCAGGAAUGAACAUGAAUAUGAGAGUACGUUCAUCUGGUUCAACACCAUCAGAGGAAUCAGCUUUGGAUUUGGAGAAAACUUGUUACAGCAACUCGAAUCCCCCUUCAUUUCCAAACCCACACCCACACCAACAACAACCAAGUCUUCAACCCUAUGCAUCAGGCGGACAGCACUCAGAGAGCAACGCUGCUUAUUUUUCGUGGCCUACCUCUAGCCGACUAAGUGAUGCUGCUGAAGAGAGAACAAACUAUUUUGUAAACUUACAAAAGGGAGUUUUGCCUGAAUCUAUUGGCAGGUUACCUAAAGGACACCAAGCAACCACUUUGCUUGAGUUAAUGACUAUUCGUGCAUCUCACAGUAAGAUUUUGCGUUGUUAUAGUCUUGGAACUGCAAUUGGGUUUAGGAUUCGUAGGGGCGUGUUGACUGAUAUUCCUGCAAUCUUAGUCUUUGUUUCCCGAAAAGUUCAUAAGCAAUGGCUAAGCCCCAUUCAGUGUCUACCCACUAUUCUUGAGGGACCCGGGAGUGUGUGGUGUGAUGUGGAUGUUGUGGAGUUUUCUUACUUUGGUGCACCUGAACCAACAACCAAGGAACAAUUGUACACUGAUAUUGUGGAUGACCUUCGUGGAAGUGGCUCAUGUAUCGGUUCUGGUUCUCAGGUAGCAAGUCAAGAGACAUAUGGUACAUUGGGAGCUAUUGUGAGAAGCCAAACAGGCAGCAGACAAGUUGGUUUUCUCACAAACCGCCACGUGGCUGUCAAUCUAGAUUACCCAAAUCAGAAAAUGUUUCAUCCUUUACCACCUACACUUGGACCUGGGAUAUAUCUUGGUGCAGUCGAAAGAGCUACUUCAUUUAUCACAGAUGAUCUUUGGUAUGGUAUCUUUGCUGGAAUUAACCCAGAGACCUUCGUGAGAGCUGAUGGGGCGUUCAUUCCUUUCAGUGAUGAUUUUGACAUGUCGACUGUAACAACAUGUGUAAAAGACGUUGGGGAGAUUGGAGAUGUGAAAAUCGUUGAUUUGCAAUCUCCCAUCAAUAGUCUUAUUGGUAAAAAAGUGAUGAAAGUUGGGAGGAGUUCAGGGUUGACUAAAGGAACAAUCUUGGCUUAUGCCCUUGAAUAUAACGACGAAAAGGGUAUUUGUUUCUUUACUGAUUUUCUUGUUGUUGGAGAAAACCAGCAAACGUUUGACCUUGAAGGCGAUAGUGGAAGUCUGAUUGUCUUAAAAGCUGAGGAGAAUGACAAUGAGAACGAAGAAAAACCAAAAGCAAGGCCUAUUGGGAUCAUAUGGGGUGGGACAGCGAAUAGGGGCAGAUUGAAACUUAAAGUCGGUCAGCCACCGGAAAAUUGGACAAGCGGCGUUGACCUUGGCCGCCUACUCAAUCUCCUUGAACUUGAUCUAAUAACAACCGGAGAUGCCCUAAAAGCGGCGGUGCAAGAGCAAAGGGCGGCUUCAGCAACAGUGAUGGGGUCAAGCGGUGGGGAAUCUUCACCGCCGGAAAUAGUGCUUCCUAAAGAUAAAGCGGAACCGUUAGGGCUUCAUAUCCAACAGCAUAUUCCUUUGGAAGAGGGUGGUGGUGGUGGUGGCGGCCCGGAUAUGAAUUUGUCUCCGGCGGAAAAUGCAAGCAAUUUGGAGGUGGGGCCAAGUAUUGAGGAGCAUCAGUUUAUUCCGAGUUUCAAUGGGCAGUCGCCGCUGCAUAGAAAUGAGAGGCGGUGUAGGGCUGAGUCUGAGAAUCUGAGUGCGUUGAAAAGCGGGACGGAUGAGGAGGAUUUAGGGUUUUCGCUUCAUUUGGGGGAUAAUGAGCCAAAGAGAAGGCGGUCUGACCCUUUGGAUGAAGCUAAAUAAACCUGUGUUUAAAUGGUAAAUAAACCAAGUGUUUGGUUAUGGUUAUGGUGGGUUGAAGUUAACUUUUAUUUUGUGGUAAUCUGGUAUGCUAACUAAUCCUAAUUUGAGCUGCGAAUUAUGGUAAUGUUAUAAAAUGGUUUAUACAAUGGGUUUACAUCUAUGAUAAGGUGGAUACCACCCACCGCACUAUUUGGUGGGCUGAAGGGGCAAGUGAGAUGUCGGGGGACACCACACCCAUUGGUGUGUGGUGAACCAACCCCCUUCCCCCACCAAUUGAUUCCACCAUAUAUUUUUUUUUUCAUGUUUUAUAUUAUUUUACAACACAUCACAUUGUUGCACAAAAUCUCAGUGGUGUACCGUUCACCUGAGAAUUUUUUAGGUCCACUGCUAGGUGAUGGGAGAGUAAGGGGAAAAUGACGUGGCAAAGAGUUGACAGUGAAAAAAUAAGGGAAGUGAUAGUGCGCUCCCUUUGGCCUAAGGCUAUAUUAUAUGAGGACCACAACGUAAGGUUGUUUGAAGUGGAGUAGCGACAACCGUCAGGAACACCUUGUCGGGUAGAGCGGUGCGUG